AUGGGUAGCAACUCUUCGAAAGUUACAAAUGCAAAAGAAGUGACUCUUUACUUCAACCCCGUAUCUCCCUUCGCCAGGACGGCGCAGAUGGUUUCCCGUACCUGCGAUGUGAAGGUGAACUAUGUCGAGAUCAAUUUGAUGAAAAAUGAGCAGCAUGAAGACUGGUUUUUGAAACUCAACCCGAAACACACCGUUCCCGUGCUUGUCGACGAUGAUACUGUUCUCACCGAAACUGUCGACAUUUGCAAGUACCUAAUCGACAACUACGGCAUUCAUAAAGAAAUGAACCCUUCCGGAGAAACAGGCGAGAAAAUGCAGAAAAUCGUCGAUUACUACUAUGGAACGCUUUUCCCAAGCGCUAUGAAGAUUUUGAGUCCUUUCUUCGCGAAAAAGCCAGUUUCAGAUAGAGAUCUUGAAGCUGUGAGAGUUCAGGGAUACGAGUACUUCAACACUAUUCUUGGGAAUAAUGACUUUCUUUUUGGGACGAAAGGACCGACGUGGGUAGAUCUCCUUGUUUUCAGUGGUUUAUUGCAGAUGGAUAUUUACCCACUUACACGAAAGGGAACACAUGAUAAGGUCAAGCUCUGGUCCGAUCGAAUAAUGGCCUAUCCAUUCGCAGAUGUUCACGGAGUGUUCUUUUUCGUAACGAAAUUUAUGUAUGUUUCUCACUGGGCAAAUAGAAUCUUCUGCUGUCGAAAAGCUCUUGUUGAAUAA